AUUGGUGGUGGUAGUGGUGUUUAGGACGCAUCCCUCAGUCAGACAGUGAGAUAGGACUUCUCCGUUUAUUAAAUCCUGACCUUUUUUUUUUUUCCACGUAAAACCUGCACAUUUCUGAAAUGCUCAGAGUACGUUACUCGGCAUGUACCCGUACGUUCUGUGGGUAUACUUUGUUAGGUUGUGAUUAGUUCGUUGGAGCUGGUGGUUGCAGGGACGGCUGGAAGCAAGGAGAUAAAGGAGAGGAAGUCGUAGCUGGGAAGGGGACCAGGAAGUGGGUGUCAGUUUCAAGAGCUGCUAGCAAGAAACGAAACUGAAAGCAGGGAAUUUCGCAAGUUUGGGGAGGAGGAGAGAAACCUGGGGAAGACAGGAACUGCAGCGCCCGUCCCCGUUUCACGCCACGCGCGGGGGACCGAGGACCUAGGACCUGGCGAGCUGGGCGUGGUGCAGAGAGCCGGGCGGGGAAACGAAACCAGAAAUCCGAAGGCCGCGCCAGAGCCCUGCUUCCCCUCGCACCUGCGCCGGGCGGCCAUGGACUUGUACAGCACCCCGGCCGCCGCGCUGGACAGGUUCGUGGCCACAAGGCUGCAGCCGCGGAAGGAGUUCGUAGAGAAGGCGCGGCGCGCCCUGGGCGCCCUGGCCGCUGCCCUGAGGGAGCGCGGGGGCCGCCCCGGCGCUGCUGCCCCGCGGGUGCUGAAAACUGCCAAGGGAGGCUCCUCUGGCCGGGGCACAGCUCUCAAGGGUGGCUGUGAUUCUGAACUUGUCAUCUUCCUCGACUGCUUCAAGAGCUAUGUGGACCAGAGGGCCCGCCGUGCAGAGAUCCUCAGUGAGAUGCGGGUGUUGCUGGAAUUCUGGUGGCAGAACCCGGUCCCUGGUCUGAUCCUCAAGUUUCCUGAGCAGAGCGUGCCUGGGGCCCUGCAGUUCCGCCUGACAUCCGUAGAUCUUGAGGACUGGAUGGAUGUUAGCCUGGUGCCUGCCUUUGAUGUCCUGGGUCAGGCCGGCUCCGGCGUCAAACCCAAGCCACAAGUCUACUCUACCCUCCUCAACGCUGGCUGCCAAGGGGGCGAGCAUGCGGCCUGCUUCACAGAGCUGCGGAGGAACUUUGUGAACAUUCGCCCAGCCAAGUUGAAGAACCUAAUCUUGCUGGUGAAGCACUGGUACCACCAGGUGUGCCUACAGAGGUUGUGGAAGGAGACACUGCCCCCGGUCUAUGCCCUGGAAUUGCUGACCAUCUUCGCCUGGGAGCAGGGCUGUAAGAAGGAUGCUUUCAGCCUAGCCGAAGGCCUCCGGACUGUCCUGGGCCUGAUCCGACAGCAUCAGCACCUGUGUGUUUUCUGGACUGUCAACUAUGGCUUUGAGGACCCUGCAGUUGGGCAGUUCUUGCAGCGGCAGCUUAAGAGACCCAGGCCUGUGAUCCUGGACCCAGCUGACCCCACAUGGGACCUGGGGAAUGGGGCAGCCUGGCACUGGGAUUUGCUAGCCCGGGAGGCAGCAUCCUGCUAUGACCACCCAUGCUUUCUGAAGGGGAUGGGGGACCCGGUGCAGUCUUGGAAGGGGCCGGGCCUUCCACAUCCUGGAUGCUCAGGUUUGGGCCACCCCAUCCAGCUAGACCCUAACCAGAAGACCCCUGAAAACAGCAAGAGCCUCAAUGCUGUGUACCCAAGAGCAGGGAGCAAACUUCCCUCAUGCCCAGCUCCUGGCCUCACUGGGGCAGCCAGCAUCGUCCCCUCUGUGCCGGGAAUGGCCUUGGACCUGUCUCAGAUCCCCACCAAGGAGCUGGACCGCUUCAUCCAGGACCACCUGAAGCCGAGCCCCCAGUUCCAGGAGCAGGUGAAAAAGGCCAUUGACAUCAUCUUGCGCUGCCUCCGUGAGAACUGCGUUCACAAGGCCUCAAGAGUCAGUAAAGGGGGCUCAUUUGGCCGGGGCACAGACCUAAGGGAUGGCUGUGAUGUUGAACUCAUCAUCUUCCUCAACUGCUUCACGGACUACAAGGACCAGGGGCCCCGCCGCGCAGAGAUCCUUGAUGAGAUGCGAGUGCAGCUAGAAUCCUGGUGGCAGGACCAGGUCCCCGGCCUGAGUCUUCAGUUUCCUGAGCAGAAUGUGCCUGAGGCUCUGCAGUUCCAGCUGGUGUCCACGGCCCUGAAGAGCUGGAUGGAUGUUAGCCUGCUGCCUGCCUUUGAUGCUGUGGGGCAGCUCGGUUCUGGCACCAAACCAAAUCCCCAGGUCUACUCGAGUCUCCUCACCAGUGGCUGCCAGGAGGGCGAGCAUAAGGCCUGCUUCUCAGAGCUGCGGAGGAACUUCGUGAACAUUCGCCCUGUCAAGCUGAAGAACCUGAUUCUGCUGGUGAAGCACUGGUACCGCCAGGUUGCAGCUCAGAACAAAGGAAAACGACCAGCCUCUGCCUCUCUGCCCCCAGCCUACGCCCUGGAGCUCCUCACCAUCUUUGCUUGGGAGCAGGGCUGCAGGCAGGACUGUUUCGACAUGGCCCAAGGCUUCCGGACGGUGCUGGGGCUCGUGCAGCAGCAUCAGCAGCUCUGUGUCUACUGGACGGUCAACUAUAGCACUGAGGACCCAGCCAUGAGAAUGCACCUUCUUGGCCAGCUUCGAAAACCCAGACCCCUGGUCCUGGACCCCGCUGAUCCCACCUGGAAUGUGGGCCAGGGUAGCUGGGAGCUGUUGGCCCAGGAAGCAGCAGCGCUGGGGAUGCAGGCCUGCUUUCUGAGUAGAGAUGGGACAUCUGUGCAGCCCUGGGAUGUGAUGCCAGCCCUCCUUUACCAAACCCCAGCUGCGGACCUUGACAAGUUCAUCAGUGAAUUUCUCCAGCCCAACCGCCAGUUCCUGGCCCAGGUGAACAAGGCCGUUGAUACCAUCUGUUCAUUUUUGAAGGAAAACUGCUUCCAGAAUUCUCCCAUCAAAGUGAUCAAGGUGGUCAAGGGUGGCUCUUCAGCCAAAGGCACAGCUCUGCGAGGCCGCUCAGACGCCGACCUCGUGGUGUUCCUCAGCUGCUUCAGCCAGUUCACUGAGCAGGGGAACAAGCGGGCCGAGAUCAUCUCCGAGAUCCGAGCCCAGUUGGAGGCAUGUCAACAGGAGCGGCAGUUCGAGGUCAAGUUUGAAGUCUCCAAAUGGGAGAAUCCCCGCGUGCUGAGCUUCUCACUGACAUCCCAGACGAUGCUGGACCAGAGUGUGGACUUUGAUGUGCUGCCAGCCUUUGACGCCCUAGGCCAGCUGGUCUCUGGCUCCAGGCCCAGCUCUCAAGUCUACGUCGACCUCAUCCACAGCUACAGCAAUGCGGGCGAGUACUCCACCUGCUUCACAGAGCUACAACGGGACUUCAUCAUCUCUCGCCCUACCAAGCUGAAGAGCCUGAUCCGGCUGGUGAAGCACUGGUACCGGCAGUGUAACAAGAUCUCCAAGGGGAGAGGCUCCCUACCCCCACAGCACGGGCUGGAACUCCUGACUGUGUACGCCUGGGAGCAGGGCGGGAAGGACUCCCAGUUCAACAUGGCUGAGGGCUUCCGCACAGUCCUGGAGCUGGUCACCCAGUACCGCCAGCUCUGUAUCUACUGGACCAUCAACUACAACACCAAGGACAAGACUGUUGGAGACUUCCUGAAACAGCAGCUUCAGAAGCCCAGGUUCAGGCCUAUCAUCCUGGAUCCGGCUGACCCGACAGGCAACCUGGGCCACAAUGCCCGCUGGGACCUGCUGGCCAAGGAAGCUGCAGCCUGCACAUCUGCCCUGUGCUGCAUGGGACGGAAUGGCAUCCCCAUCCAGCCAUGGCCAGUGAAGCUUCUGCAGAAAGGAUGGGGUUACCAACAUCUCCUAUAAUACUUCCCCAGGCUGCUGUGUGAAGUGGAGAAAAUCAGCGGUCCUACAGGAUGAAAAGAAGAUGGACACCAGCCCUCAGCAUGAGGAAAUUCAGGGUCCCCUACCAGAUGAGAGAGACUGUGUGUGUGUGUGUGUGUGUGCGUGUACACAUGUGUGCAUGUGUGUGUUUUAGUGACUCUGCUCUCCCAGCUCACACACUCCCCUGCCUCCCAUGGCUUACACACUAGGAUCCAGACUCCAUGGUUUGACACCAGCCUGCAUUUGCAGCUUCUCUAUCACUGCCAUGACUCUAUCCUGGUACCACCACUGCUGCUUCCCACCCAGCUGAGAAUGCCCCCUCCUCCCUGACUCCUCUCUGCCCAUGCAAAUUAGCUCACAUCCCUCCUCCUGCUGCAAUCCAUCCCGUCCUCCCAUUGGCCUCUCCUUGCCAAAUCUAAAUACUUUAUAUAGGGAUGGCAGAGAGUUUCCAUCUCAUCUGUCAGCCACAGUCAUUUGGUACUGGCUACCUGGAGCCUUAUCUUCUGAAGGGUUUUAAAGAAGGGCCAAUAAGCUGAGAAGAAUUAUCUACUCAAUUAGUGAUGUCUGCCAUGCAUGCAGUAGAGGAAAGUGGUGGUACAAGUGCCAUGAUUGAUCAGCAAUGUCUGCACUGGAUGCAGAAAAAAGAAGGUGUUCGCAGGUUUACAGUGUAUGUGUGGACUAUUGAAGAGCCCUCUGAGCUCGGUUGCUAGCAGGAGAGCAUGCCCAUAUUGGCUUACUUUGUCUGCCACAGACACAGACAGAGGGAGUUGGGACAUGCAUGCUAUGGGGACCCUCUUGUUGGACACCUAAUUGGAUUGCCUCUUCAUGGGAGGCCUCCUUUUCUUCACUUCUAUGCUGCACUCCUCCCCUAGUUUACACAUCUUGAUGCUGUGGCUCAGUUUGCCCUCCUGAAUUUUUAUUGGGUCCCUAUUUUCUCUCCUAACAUGCUGAGAUUCUGCAUCCCCACAGCCUAAACCUGAGCCAGUGGCCAAACAACCCUGCUCAGCCUGUUUCUCUCUGCCCUCCAGAGCAAGGCUCACCAGGUCCAUCCAGGAGGCUCUCCUGACCUCAAGUCCAACAACAGUGUCCACACAGUCAAGGUUCAGCCCAGAAAACAGAAAGCACUCUAGGAAUCUUAGGCAGAAAGGGAUUUUAUCUAAAUCACUGGAAAGGCUGGAGGAGCAGAAGGCAGAGGCCACCACUGGACUAUUGGUUUCAAGAUUAGACCACUGUAGCCGAAUCAGAGGUCAGAGAGCCGCCACUGCUACUGCUAAUGCCACCACUACCCCUGCCAUCGCUGCCUCACAUGCACAAAACUGGAGUCGAGACCUAGGUUAGAUUCCUGCAACCACAAACAUCCAUCAGGGAUGGCCAGCUGCCAGAGCUGCAGGAAGACAGAUCCCACCUCCCUUUCUUAGCAGAAUCUAAAUUACAGCCAGAACUCUGGCUGCAGAGGAGUCUGAGACAUGUAUGACUGAAUGGGUGCCAAGUGCCAAGGGACGGAGUCCCCAACAGAUGCAUCCUGGCCAUCUGUUGGGUGGAUGAGGAAGUGGGUCUAUCUCAGAGGAAGGAACAGGAAACAAAGAAAGGAAGCCACUGAGCAUCCUUUCUCUGCCCCCCAGGAGUGUCUUAGACAGCCUGACUCUCCACGAACCACUGUUAAAACUUACCUGCAAGGAAUGCCAGAUUGAAUGGGAUGGGAAAAGCCUUUCCUCGUUAUUGUCAUGCUUGGAGAGAGGUUAGCGACCAAGGGCAGCUCCUCUGAUUCACCUAGAGCCUGUUCUCUGCCCUCUUUGGCUCAGCCUACAGAGACUAGAGUAGGUGAAGGGACAGAGGACAGAGCUUCUAAUACCUGUGCCAUAUUGACAGCCUCCAUCCCUGUCCCCCAUCUUGGUGCUGAACCAAUGCUAAGGGCACCUUCUUAGACUCACCUCAUCGAUACUGCUUGGUAAUCCAAAGCUAGAACUCUCAGGACCCCAAACUCUGCCUCUUGGAUUGGCCCUGGCUGCUGCCACACACAUAUCCAAGAGCUCAGGGCCAGUUCUGGUGGGCAGCAGAGACCUGCUCUGCCAAGCUGUCCAGCAGCAGAGUGGCCCUGGCCUGGGCAUCACAAGCCAGUGAUGCUCCUGGGAAGACCACGUGGUGGGUUGCAGUUGGGUACCUUCCAUUUCCACCACACAGACUCUGGGCCUUUCCGCAAAAUGGCUCCAGAAUUAGGGUAAUUAUGAGAUGGUGGGAACCAGGGCAGCUCAGGUGCGUGAUGCAAGGAGUGGUUGUCAUCUGGGUAGGGCAGAGAGGAGGGCUUGCUCAUCUGAACAGGGGUGUAUUUCAUUCCAGGCCCUCAGUCUUUGGCAAUGGCCACCCUGGUGUUGGCAUAUUGGCCCCACUGUAACUUUUGGGGGCUUCCCGGUCUAGCCACACCCUUGGAUAGAAAGACUUGACUGCAUAAAGAUGUCAGUUCUCCCUCAGUUGGUUGAUAGACUUAAUGGUCACCCUAAAAACACCCACAUAUGCUUUUCUAUGGAACCAGAUAAGUUGACACUAAAGUUCUUAUGGAAAAAUACACACACAAUAGCUAGGAAAACACAGGGAAAGAAGAGUUCUGAGCAGGGCCUAGUCUUAGCCAAUAUUAAAACAUACUAUGAAGCCUCUGAUAUUUAAACAGCAUGGCACUGGUACGUAAAUAGACCAAUGCAGUUAAGUGGCUCUUUCCAAGACUCUGGGGAAAAAAGUAAUAAAAAGCUAAAUGCAAUCAAUCAGCAACUGAAAGCUAAGUGAGAGAGCCAGAGGGCCUCCUUGGUGGUAAAAGAGGGUUGCAUUUCUUGCAGCCAGAAGGCAGAGAAAGUGAAGACCAAGUCCAGAACUGAAUCCUAAGAAAUGCAGGACUCCAAAGAAAUUGGUGUGUGUGUGUGUGUGUGUGUGUAAUUUUUAAAAAGUUUUUAUUGAGAUAUAAGUCAAUACCAUAAAGCUCUCACCCUUUUAAAGUGUACAAUUCAGUGGUGUGAGUAUAUUCAUAAGAUUUAUACUUGGUGUCUAUUCAUAAGACUUAUAUUCAGCAUAUUCAUAACUACAGCCAUAUCACAGAUGCAUUCAUCAUAAUAAUUCCAGACAUUUUCGUCACCCUAAAAGGAAACUCUGAAGCCCAUUAGCAGUCAUUCCCCAUUCCUCCAACCCAUUGUCUCCCUAAUCCCUAGAAACCGCCAAUCUGCUGUGUAUUUCAUCUAUUGUCAACAUUUCAUAUAAAUGGCAUCAUACAAUA